GUAGUCAAUCGUUUAUUUCAUUGAUCCCGCCAGCAGCUGGAUUCCUGGCAUUCCUUUCGUUAAACCACAUUCGUUUUUUGCAUAACCACUACUCGAUCUUUUAACAAUGCGUCUGCUCAACACCUUCGUCGCUAUUGCGGCACUUCUCCCUGCUUGCUUUGCUGCCCUGCCUACCCAGGCCGAAGGUUUCGCCGCUAGCACCACCGGUGGUAAGGGUGGCCAGGUCGUUCGCCCCAAGAACAACCAGGAGCUCGUCAACUACCUCAAGGAUAACACUGCUCGUAUUAUCUACCUUGAGCGCACUUUCGACUUCAAGAACUCUGAGGGCUCGACCAGCGAGACUGGCUGUGCUCCUUGGGGAACCGGCGCUCAUUGUCAGCUUGCUAUCAACAAGAAUCUGUGGUGCACUAAAUACGAACCUAACGCUCCCAAGGUCAACGUCAAGUACGACAAGGCUGGCCUGAACCCCAUCAUGGUUGGCUCUAACAAGAGCAUCAUCGGUGUUGGUUCCAAGGGUGUUAUUAAGGGCAAGGGUCUCCGUCUCGCCAAUGGUGUCAAGAACGUUAUCAUCCAGAACAUCCACAUCACGGACCUCAACCCUCACCUUGUCUGGGGUGGCGAUGCUAUCACUCUUGACGGAACUGACAAUGUUUGGAUUGACCACUGCACGACCUCCCUCAUCGGCCGCCAACACAUCGUUCUUGGUACCCAAGCCAGCGGCCGUGUUUCUAUCACCAACAAUAAGAUCGAUGGUAACAGCAACUGGUCCGCUAGCUGCAAUACCUACCACUACUGGGGUAUCCUCUUCCUUGGCUCUAACGACAUGGUCACCUUCAAGGGCAACUUCCUGUACAAGGUCUCCGGCCGUGCUCCCAAAGUUGCUGGUAACACCCUUCUCCACGUCGUUAACAACUACUUCUACGAUAUAUUCGACCACGCCUUCGAGGUUGAAGAUAAGGGUCAGGUUCUCAUUGAAGGAAAUGUCUUCCAGAAUGUCAAAAACCCCUCCAAGCCUGGCAACAAGGGCCGCAUUUUCAGCAUCCCUAAUACUGCCGCCGCCAAUGUUUGCAAGGCUGCCCUUGGCCGUGCUUGCCAGCUGAAUGCCUUUGGAAGCUCUGGUACUCUGGCUUCCUCAGCAACUUCAAGGGCAAGAUCAUUGCUUCUGCUGCUAUCCUACUCGGGUAGGGCCUUGAGACCGGCCCCCCUUAGCCUGACCCAUUCCACCUGUGGUGCCAGAGGGUCAGGCACGGGGGGUACGUUGACUAGGCACAGGGGCGGUUGACUGAGGAAAUCUAAGAUACCUCUUUUUCUUAGGUCUUUCCUUAUUAUCAGAAGUAUCCUUCAUCUCCAAAUUUCCCCGCAUAUAUCACGUGACUUUGACAUAUUAACGGUACUUCUUUUUCCUAGGCCUUGCCUUACUAUUAGAGGUAUCUUAAAUUUCCUCAGUCAACCGAACCUUUUCCUAGUCACCGUACCCGCCGUGCUUGAGGCACGGUCACUGGUGACUGAAUGAAAAGCAC